AUGGUUUUGUUGGCUGCUAGUGUGUUCUCAAAGACUGGAAAAGCGCUUGUCGCUAGAGUCUUUGUGUCAGAUAUGACCAGAGCUCGUUUGGAAGGACUGCUUGAUGCUUUUCCUAAGCUUAUAGGAAACGAUAAAGAUACAGAUUCUACAAAUCCAGCACAAAGACAACAUACCUUCAUAGAAACCGAUAGUAUUCGAUAUGUCUUCCAUCCAUUGGACAAUAUCUACAUUGUUUUACUCACCACCAAGACUUCUAACAUUCUCGAAGACUUGGAAACUCUUCGAUUAUUCUCUCGUGUUAUACCCGAGUACUGUCGUUCUAACGAAGAGAAGGAAAUCUUAGCUCACUCUUUCGACCUUAUCCACGCCUUUGAUGAGGUUGUUACACUUGGUUACCGUGAGAGCGUAAACCUUGCCCAAAUCAGAACAUUCACUGAAAUGGAUUCUCAUGAGGAACGUGUCUUCCUUCAAAUCAAGGAGGCUCAAGAAAAAGCAGCCAAGCAAGCCAUGGCUGAGAAAGCUAAAGAGUUCAAGAGAAUGCAGAAAGACGCACUCAACAAAGGACAUGGAAAAUCUGCCGGAUCUUCAUUUUCUUCUUCUUCCGGAAUUUCUUCUUCUUCAACUCCGCUCGCUGCUGUACAAGAUCCAGCUCCUGCACCAAAAGCACCAAUUCGUCCUGCUGGUGGUGGCAAGGCAUUAAAGUUGGGUGCUAAGACCAGAGAUGAAGAUGAGUUCUUGAGUCAAUUGCAACAACAAGGACAAACUAUCGCUCCAGUUGAAAGAACAACACGCGAUAACACUUCUACUACAGCCGCUGUUGCUCCAGUUUCCAACGUUAAAAGAGAAGCUGUGCAUAUCAGAGCAGAAGAGAAAAUCUUGGCUUCUGUCAGCCGUGAUGGUGGUCUUCAGAGUGCCGAAGUCUUGGGAAGCGUAUCUCUCUCAGUCACUAGUCCUGAAUUCAGUACCGUUGCUAUUAGAAUGAACAACAACGCUCCACCUGGAGUCCAGCUUCAAGUUCACCCCAACUUGGAAAAGAAGGAUUGGCAAGCAUCAUCUAUAUUGAGAUUGAAGAGCGUGAACAAGCCAUUCCCAGUGAAUACCGAUGUUGGAGUUCUGAAAUGGAAAUCUGUGCUCACUGAAGAGGAUCAGCUUCCUCUUGUCUUGAACUGCUGGCCUCAGGAGUCUUCUGAUGGUUGCCAAGUUAGUAUUGAAUAUACUCUGCAAAGAGAUGAUUUGUCUUUGGAAAAUGUGAAUAUUGUCGUCCCCUUGCCACCUGCCACUGCCCCAGUAGUUUCUGAAUGUGAGGGAUCGUAUGAGUUCCAAAAGACUAGAAACCAAAUUUUAUGGACUCUUCCUGUUAUUGAAAGUUCUAACUCUUCCGGUACAUUAGAAUUCACAGUUCCUAAUGGGCAUUCUGAUCACUUCUUCCCUGUCCAAGUGAAAUUCUCUUCUGAAAAACUUUUCGCAGAUAUUUCGGUCGAAAGAGCGGAAAAGAUGGACGGAGCCCCUGUAACAUAUUCCUCCGAAUCACGAUUCAUCACAGAAAGAUAUGAGAUAGUUUAA